CCCCCCCGGACUAUACAAAAAGAAACCACACAUUUCUCAUCACCAUAUCCAUCUCAAAAGAAAUGUCCCAAGUCUUCCAGCCGGGCCCCCCCUCGCUGGCCAACGACUCCUCCAUGCUCUCCCGCAGAUUCGGCAAGGAAGUCAUCAACUACUACGGCGGCGGCCUGCUCAACCGCUUCUCCUUCCUGCGCGGCGACACCCCGUUCCUACGACGCGCGGCAACGUCGCCGUCGGCGCGGUUCGUGGCGCUGCGGGACCUGAAUCCGCUGGUGGAGGAUGCGCGGAGGCUGGCUUUCUUCAAGCUCGACGAGGUGAAGCCGCUGCUGCUGACUACUGGAGAGGGCGGACUGUUUGAGAAGACGGACGAGGAGAGGACGAGGGGGUUUGAUUCGACGCGGGUGAGCCCGCUGGUGCUCUUCCUGGGACUGUUGCCGGAUGGGCCGCUCGGGGUGGACUUGGAGACGAGCAAGCAUGGGGUUGUAAAGGGGCAGCCGUUCUUCGCGGUGGACGUCACGCCCAAGGCGGGCUUCAAGGAGGCGGCGGAGGAGUUUGUCAGGGGGGCCGAGGGCAAGGGGUAUUCGGUGCAGACGAAUGUGCGGACCAUGACGCUGGAUCCCGACGGAGCCGCCAUCCUCGCGCAGGCUCGCUCCCUGCUCGACUGGAACGCCCGCAACAGCUUCUGCGCAGGCUGCGGCAAGCCCAACCUCUCCGUCGAAUCAGGCUACAAGCGCGUCUGUCCGCCCACAGACUACGCCGGCAUCUCAUCCUCUUCAUCCUCCUCCUCCGAUAAUACACCGCCCCAGCCUCGGGACGACUGUCCCACGCGCCACGGCGUGUCCAACGUGUGCUUCCCGCGCACCGACCCGACCAUGAUCGUGGCCGUCGUGUCCGCCGACGGCCAGCGCAUGCUCCUCGGCCGACAGAGCAGGUGGCCGCCGAAAUGGCACAGCACCCUCGCGGGCUUCAUCGAGCCGGGCGAGUCGAUUGAGGAUUCCGUCCGCAGGGAGGUCUGGGAGGAGGCGGGCGUGCGGGUGGGCCGCGUCGUGAUCCAGUCGAGCCAGCCGUGGCCGUAUCCGUCCAGCCUGAUGAUUGGCGCCGUCGCGCAGGCGCUGCCUGACGGGGAGGAGAUUGAGUUGUUGGAUAGGGAGCUCGAGGCCGCGAAAUGGUUUACGUUUGACGAGGUCAGGGAGGCGUUGCGCAAUGGGACCAGUGCGCUGGGGGAUCCGGUGCCGGAGGGGUAUGAGGGGCCGUUGUGUGUGCCGCCGAGGCAGGCGAUUGCGCAUCAGUUGAUGCAGGCUGUUGUUGAUGGGUAUCUGGAUGUCACGGCCAAGAUUUGA